AUGUUGGCAUUGAAGGCGACUGUGACAAUCAUCCUCGCAUCUGGUAUUGCGACCGGGCUAGUCUCGAGUAAUUCUAGUUUUGAUGUACUGGACUACAUUGACCCCCUAAUAGGAACGGCUAAUGGGGGCCAUUCAUUUGCAGGGGCAACUCUACCCUUUGGGAUGGCAAAAGCUGUAGCAGACACCCUCGGCGAAAACCAAGCCGGCUUUGCCUAUGACACGACUUACGUCUCAGGGCUCUCCCACAUGCAUGACUCUGGAACCGGUGGUGUAAGUCGUCUUUCACCGUCUCUAGGAAACUUCCCAAUAUUCGUGCAUCCAGGUUGUCCGGACGAUGAUCUUGACAAGUGUACAUGGCAGCAGUCCGAUCGGGCGACGGCAUGGACACAAGAGUCGCCAAAAGCCCGGCCUGGAUAUUUUAGCAUUACACUACAGAACGGUGUUCGUGCGGAGAUGAGCGUCACGAAUCAUUCGGUUUUGUAUCGCUUUACCGUCACCAAUGCGACCACUCAGUCUCUGAGCCCUGUGGUUCUGGUCGACCUUAUGGAUCUCCCACAGUCACGCACGAAUGGAACAGCUUCGGUUGAUCGCUCGACAGGUCGGUUGACCGGAAACGGUACCUUCAACCCCAGCUUUGGCAUCGGAUCGUAUGAUCUUCACUUUUGCAUAGAUUUCAAAGGGGCUAGUGUUCGGGACACAGGCGUGUGGUCCAACAAUCGUGCCGGUCAAGGUCAGACAACCAUAUCGCUGACAUCUGAUGGGAGCAACACCGCGGCAACACUAUCUGCCGGGACAUUCGUCCGAUUCAACGCUCCAAUCAACCAAACCCUUCUGGCGAGAGUAGGUGUCAGCUUCAUUAGCGUGGACCGAGCCUGUUCCAAUGCCGAAAACGAGCAACCAGACUUUGACUUUCCUGGAACUGUCAGCGCCGCAGAGGCAGCCUGGAGGGAUAGGUUGAAUGUUUUUCAAAUCGAUGCAGGAGAUGUCUCAUCGGAUUUGCAGAAGGUUUUCUGGAGCGGAAUGUACCGUGCCAUGAUAAGCCCACAGGACUAUACGGGGGAGAACCCACUCUGGCAGAGCGAUGAGCCGUACUAUGACAGCUACUACUGUAUAUGGGAUUCCUUCCGUGGCGUUCACCAAUUGCUUACUCUCGCGGAUCCACUGUCACAGUCUCGCAUGAUGAGGAGUCUGGUGGAUAUCUAUCGCCACGAAGGAUACCUACCCGACUGCCGUAUGUCAUUGUGUAAAGGAUACACCCAAGGAGGAUCAAAUGCAGAUGUACUCCUUUCCGAAGCCCUCCUCAAGAAUGUCAGCGGCAUCGACUGGACCACCGCGUACGAAGCCGUCGUCAAGGACGCCGAGAUUGAGCCCGCGAACUGGAACGUCCAAGGUCGUGGAGGACUAACCAGCUGGAAAACGCUCAACUACAUCCCCACGGACGACUUCGACCCCAAUGGAGUCGGUCUACACACACGCAGUAUCUCCCGAACAGUCGAGUACGCAUACAACGACUUUUGUAUCGCUCAAAUGGCCCAACGGCUAGGUCACCAAGGCGACUACGAAAAGUACAUCCAACGCGCCACCAACUGGCAAAACAUGUUCAAAGACGACCAGACAUCCUUUCUCGAAGGUAUCGACACCAACUUCACCGGAUUCCUCCAACCCCGAUACCCCAACGGAACCUGGGGCUACCAAGACCCCAUCUUCUGCAGUGCACUCCUCAACUUCACCUCCUGCUAUCUUAAUGCAGACGGACACGAGACCUACGAAGGAAGCUCCUGGCUCUAUACAUUCUUCGUCCCCCAAGACAUGGCCACUCUAGUGACAAGACUCGGCGGUCCCGAAACCUUCACCUCGCGCCUCUCCUACCUACACGACUCCGGCCUCCUCUACGUCGGCGACGAACAAGCCUUCCUAACCGUCUUCCAAUUCCACUACUCCGGUCGCCCCGCAUUAUCUACCGAACGCGCCCACUACUACAUCCCCUCCCAAUUCAACACGACUGUCGCGGGGAUCCCGGGGAACGAUGACGGCGGAGCCAUGGGCGCGUUCGCGGUCCUUACCAUGAUGGGAUUAUUUCCAGUUCAUGGACAAGAUGUAUAUCUCAUCAGUCCACCGUUUUUCGAGGAAGUUAGUAUUCGGAAUAAGGAGACGGGGAAGGUUGCCACGAUUCGGAAUGUUAAUUUCGAUGCUACCUAUAAGGAUAUUUAUAUUCAGAGUGUGAAGAGGGAUGGAGAAGAGUGGACGAAGAAUUGGAUUGCUCAUGAUUUUUUUACUGGGGGUGGUGUUUUGGAGAUUGAGUUGGGCUCGGAGGAGAGUGAUUGGGGGACUCGUGAUGAGGAUUUGCCUCCGAGUAUGAGUACUUGA